UUCUUUUACAUACCCCUAAUCGUUGCUAUCUCCAAACCCUAACCCUCCUCUUCUCCAAACUUUCGCAGUCACCUGUCGCGCCUCCAUCACAAGCAGAGUAACGUUGUUGUCCUACUUUCUAUUCCAAACCCUAACCCAUCAACUACUGACAAUGUCCAUAGUCUUCCCCAUCUACGGUAGCAGCAGAUCUCGCCCCAAUGCAUGGCCGCCCAACCUCCAUCAACAACAGCUACCAUCACAAGAGGUUGCUCGUCCCUCAUUGUCAACAAUAGCUACCAUCAAAUCGAAGGUGAUCAUGGGGGUACCUUUAACUCAUCAUCUUUAGGUCUAGAUGCUUCCCCUCACCAGCAUCAUUCCAACACUCCCUCUGAUGCCAAUAUGGGUUUUGCUGAAUGCACUUUUUCCGCUGCCAGGGCUGCUGUCUUGUCAACAAUUGUCGUUAAUCUGCUAGACAUUUUAAAGGUAGAUGUUUCUUCGUUUCGUGGUAACCAUGAGCGAGAUUGGCCUGGAACAGGAUCCUUCUAUGGGAAUAUGGAUUCGGGAGGAGAAUGUGGUGUGUUAGCUGAAACCAUUUUCUACGUUCCAGCUGAGAAUAGGGCCAAGUUCUGGCGGGCCCACCAUGGUGUGAAGCUUUCUGGAUCUAUCAGUAGCCAGUACCUGACUGCAUUGCUCAUGGCCGCUCCUUUGGCUCUGGGAGAUGUGGAAAUUGAGAUAGUAGAUAAAUUAAUUUCUGUUCCUUAUGUUGAGAUGACAUUGAAACUGAUGGAAUGCUUUGGUGUCACUGUGGAGCACAGUGGUAGCUGGGACCAAUUCCUGGUCAAGGGUAGUCAACAAUACAAGUCCCCUGGAAAUGCGUAUGUUGAAGGCGAUGCAUCAAGUGCGAGUUAUUUCCUAGCAGGCGCAGCAGUCACCGGUGGCACUGUCACAGUUGAAGGUUGCGGCACAAGCAGUUUACAGCAUCAAACUGGCUGCAGUUGCUUCUCGUAAGGAACACAUAAAUCUGGAGCAAUGGCUGAACGAAAAUCUGAGCACAUACAAGGAUACUUUUUUUGAGGAUUGCCUCAGGUUCUUAAAAGAAAUACCUUUUGUAGCAACAAAUGAUGCAUCUGCCAAUCCUUUCCAACAUUCCAGCUCUAUCAUAAAUCUUUAUCUAGAGACAAGUUCACUCUUUUGAAGGUUUUUGCUUCCAAAAUUUCUUUUUCUAUUACCUAUACCCAGCGUCAUAGAGAACUAUUAUGCAUAUUGUAGUUUACAUGAAUAUUUCACAGGUCCUUCAAGCCCAUUCUGGCCAGCUCAUCUCCCACCAACUUUCUGAGGAAUUGAGAAGGUUGCAGGCAUCAUCUGUGCAUGCUAAUCUAAGACUGCAAA